AUGCUUAAGGUGGAGCUUGAGGACAAUGGGACCAGGGCCCAUCAAGCAGAAAGUGAUGCGGACGUUCUGAUUGUGGAUACGGCUGUGAAAAUAUCGGAAACAGCAGCUGUCGGCAUUGUAGGCGAAAAUGUCGACCUCAUAGUCCUCUUGAUGGCUGAAGCUGAUGCGCAUAAUGAAAUUAUAUUUAUCAAGCCUGGACGUGGGGAGACAAGGGAUUCCUUAUUCUCGUCUCAAGGGCUUCAGCAACUAGGUUUCAAGGACGUGCUAUUUUUGCACGCAUUUACUGGAUACGACACAACAUCUUCCGCUUUUCGAAAAAGUAAGGUCGCAUUCGCGAAGUUGUAUCUGAAGUCUCGAGAAGUUCAUAAAGCAGCAGCGGUCUUUUCAGACCCUUCCUCCACCACCGCCCAAGUACAAAAGGCAGGUGAAACCUGCAUCUUGAGAUGGUAUGGGGCUCCAGCUGAAGAGGUCACCCUUAAUGCCUUUAGGUACAACUCGUUCUUGAAAUCGGUGGCCAUCAUCAAGCCUGAUAUCUCUUCUCUUCCUCCCAGCAAGGGAGCAACAAAACAGCAUUCCCUCCGAACAUUCCACCACGUUCAGGUGUGGCUGGGAAAUGACCUGCCUCCUCAGAUGCAUGGGUGGAAGAUUGAGGACAACUGCUUGGUCCCAGUGUCCCAGUGCAUAGGGAACUGCCUGAAUAGGGACCCUCAAGUGGACUCUGAAAAUGAGGGAGAACAGGAUGGUCCUCUGACCGGUUUCCUACAAGAAGAUGAGAACGAAGACGAGGAUCAAGAUCUUUUCCCAUCAAGAGACUGA